AUGGGCCUCCAAGCACGUCCGAGAAUGGUGCACGGUCUUGAUUCCAGGCCCACUGUCGAGGAUUUCCGUGAAGACAGUGUGUGGGUGCGGUUGGCCAAAACUCUCUGGCUCGAUACAUCGAAGGCCCGUAAAGUCAAGCAGGAUGUCCUCAAAAGAGAUAUAUGGGAUCCUCUAGAGGCCGAUAAUUUCAGCUUCCGUUCACUUUUAACGCUAGAGAACCUGAAUAUUUUGGAGAAAUUUCUCUGGCCGACCUACACGGAAGAUGCUUCGAACUACCAUGUACUGUUGCUCACGCUUAUUGUGACUGUCAAACAGCGGGAACAUCUACCAAUAUGGGGCAUCUUUUCUGAUAGACCGGAUGAUUUUUCAACCCUCUUUCAUCGAAUUCUCUCCAUGAGUAUUGACCAGUCCAUUUCUACACCGUCGCGUCUAUCCAUAAUAUCUUUUAUAAUCAGUUCCUUCCAGUCUCUCGAAAACGUUCUGAUACGCAAGGAAUGCGCACCUCUGGUCUCUAUCUCGAUUUGGCACAAUCUAUCUAGUGAUGAUACACGGGAACAGGUUCUUGGAAAGGCUCUGACCUUGAAAAAGGCAUGGAGGGCUGCUGCGAAACGAUACGAUGCAGCGGACGAGGCUGCUAAAGCGAAAAUGCGAUUUGACCGGUCGUGGCUGUAUACGAUGCUCCUUAAUUUCCUUCAGAGGCUAAACGGCCCCGAGAAGGACCAGGUGGAUAACCUGCGUUACUGUGAGAGGUUCCUUGAAUUCCUAGUUGAUCUGGAAAGCCAACUUCCCACAAGACGAUAUGUCAACACAUUGCUGAAAGAUCUCAACAUCCUACCGGUCAUUCGUCUGUCACAGCUGUACCGUUCUCCGGAGAAUGCACUAUUUCGUGAUUUAUAUGAUCUCUUGAAGCAUUUCGCUACUUUUGCAAUUAACGAUUACACGGGAGAGGGUUUGUCACCCCAGGCAGUGUAUGAUGCCCACUGUCAGGAGUUGGCACAUCUCCAGCGGACUUCAAUGAAGUACUUUAAGGACAAGUUGAUGAUUUUGGCCUUGUCGAAUUACGGAUCAAUUGAGCAACGCUCGGAGUUGGAAGGGCAGCUAUCUUCUUUGGAUGAGUCCGAGCUCCGAAGCCUGUGUUCUCACCUUGGAUUCAGGACGGAAUAUCCGAAACAAUGUGGAGUCACACCAGAUCGCCAUCUGUAUCUCGAAAUGCUCUUGUCAUUUUACGAGCGCAAGGCACCAUUCCAAGAUGUUGCGUCUCGCCUCAAUGUGGUUCCGACGGAAGAAAACCUCUAUGACCCUGCUUUACUGCGGAAUGAAACCUAUGAUGGAUCUAGGCCACUUGCAAUCCCAAAGUUGAACCUUCAAUACCUGAGCUUGGGGGAUUUUCUAUGGCGCUCAUUUCUAUUAUAUCGAUCUGAGGCCUUUUUUCAAAUUCGCAAAGACAUGGAAACAAUCGUCAAGCGAAUGCAGCCCCGAGCCAGCCGAGAUGGUAAAAGCCUAACUUUCGAAGGAUUUUCCCGAAUGGCAAUUCCUAUCUCAAAGCCUGCUAUCAUUGAGGUUGCGCCUCCGAAAGUUGGCUCCCCAAAUCCGGCUUUCGUGAGAGCUGAGAUUGUGGUCGAGGUUGGCAGACUGGCCGACCACGUCCGGAUGGAAUGGGAGUCCCUCCGCCCAGACGACGUGGUUUUCCUUUUAGCUGUGCAACCUGGCAACGCCAGCAAAACGGCAUUCCAGGACCCCACUACAACCGAUAGUCCUAGCUUAACGCACCUCAGAACAGCGGAAAUUGUGCAGGUGCUCGAUGAAAGUGGUCGUCCGUUGCGCGAACCGUUCUCAGGGCAGACUAAUGGCCAUCGGUCGAAGCCCCACAUCAGGAGACUUUUAGUCAACCUUGACCCCGAUGCCUUCAAAGCGGAUAAAGACCGCAAUGUGCAGGGUAAACCAGACAUCUAUCCGUUGAUCAAUGUAGUCGCAAGGAGAAAGGGAAGGGAAAACAAUUUCAAGUCUAUACUCGAGACUAUGCAAAAGCUCAUUGUCUCUGACAUAAGCCUUCCUUCCUGGCUUCAGGAUAUCUUUCUAGGCUAUGGGGACCCCGCGGGGGCCCGUUACACCGAAUUGCCAAACAAAUUCAAGUCGGUCGAUUUUCGCGACACGUUCUUGGACUGGCAGCAUCUGGUCGAGAGCUUUCCGGGCAUAACAAUUGAGCCUUCUGGAGAAGAGACAUCGAGCUUCGGACCCCCAUAUAUACUUGAAUAUGUUGAAGAUGCCCAAAAAAUGCCUCCGUCGAAUGCCUCUAAGAAGCGGCGGAGAGAUCAAACAGAUAAGGAACAGUCUACCUCCUAUUCACUUCGUGUCUCGACGUACAAGCCACCUAACCCAGGCCCUUACCCUGUCGAUGCACCGAAGCUUAACUCUGUCCGAUUUACACCAGCUCAGGUGGAAGCCAUCGCAUCUGGGACCCAACCCGGGCUGACCGUUAUUGUCGGACCUCCCGGAACUGGAAAGACGGAUGUUGCAACCCAAAUCAUCAAUAACAUCUACCAUGACUUUCCCAACGAGCGCACACUGUUAGUUGCACAUAGCAAUCAGGCGCUGAACCAACUUUUCCAGAAGAUAGUUGCACUGGAUAUAGAUGAACGCCAUCUUUUGCGCCUUGGUCACGGUGAAGAAGAGCUAGAAACUGAGUCAAGCUAUAGCAAGUAUGGCCGUGUUGAAUCGUUCCUCGAUAACCGUAACUACUAUCUCUCUGAAGUUACACGGUUAGCAGCAUCUAUUGGGGCACAGGGCGCUCAUGGUAACUCAUGCGAGACCGCCGGGUACUUCAAUACAGUAUACAUCCAGCCUGCGUGGGCAAAGUUCUGGGACCAGUCCCGCGUUGAAAGUACGCCUACUGAAGAGAUCAUUGCGGCUUUCCCGUUCCACGCCUACUUUUCCAACGCCCCACAGCCUCUAUUUGACCCUACAAGAUCCAAGGAAGAAGUGCUCGAUGUAGCAGAAGGCUGUCAGCGGCACAUCGACAAGAUAUUCUAUGAGCUCGAGGAUAUCCGGCCGUUUGAGAUCUUACGGCAACCGAAAGAUAAAGCAAAUUACCUCCUAGUGAAAGAGGCGAGGAUUAUUGCGAUGACAUCCACCCAUGCUGCAAUGCGCCGCCAGGAGAUUGCCAACCUUGGGUUUCAUUAUGACAAUGUGGUGAUGGAAGAAGCCGCACAAAUCACAGAGAUUGAAAGCUUCAUUCCUUCCGCCUUACAGACUAUGAAGGGCGGCCAGCUACCAUUGAAGCGUGUGGUUCUCUGCGGCGAUCACCUUCAGAAUUCCCCAAUCAUCCAAAACCUUGCUUUCCGGCAGUACGCUCAUUUUGAGCAAAGUCUUUUCCUCCGUCUGGUGAGACUGGGCGUGCCCGUAAUUACGCUUGAUCAGCAGGGCCGUGCGAGACGUAGCAUCGCGGAACUGUUUCGGUGGCGUUAUAAGCAGCUGGGAGAUUUGUCAGUCGUUGAAACAGCCGACGAGUUCAAGCAGGCAAAUGCUGGGUUCCAAUUCGAUUACCAAUUUGUCAACGUUCCUGACUACCAGGGCGUGGGUGAAAGAGAACCUACUCCUCAUUUUAUUCAAAACCUGGGCGAGGCAGAAUAUGCCGUCGCCCUCUAUCAAUACAUGCGGUUGCUUGGCUACCCAGCAUCCAAGAUAACCAUCCUUGCGACCUAUGCGGGACAAACGGCUUUGAUGAAGGAUGUUUUGAACCACCGAUGUGCCAAGAAUGCUUUGUUCGGGAUGCCUAAGAUCGUGACUACCGUGGACAAGUAUCAAGGCGAACAAAACGACUAUGUAAUUCUUUCACUCACGCGAACUCGCACGGUUGGAUACCUACGUGAUGUCCGUCGUCUAACAGUUGCACUUUCCCGCGCCCGUCUUGGCCUCUAUAUUCUCGGUCGGCGCGAGGUAUUCGAGUCAUGCUAUGAGCUCAAGCCAGCAUUUGAUCUAUUGUUCCAACGGCCCGAUAAGCUCAUGCUUGCCGCAGGCGAAAUGUUCCCGACCAUUCGAUCGCUGGAUGAUGAGGUUCAUGGCACACCGAUGGAAGGAGUCGAACAUCUUGGCCAAUACGUGUUCGAAAUGACCCAAGCUAAGCUCAAGGCAUUAGGAGGUCAGGAUGUCGUGGUUGAGGACGCGAUCCCAAAUUGUGAUGAGGGACUAAUGGAUGAGGAUGAGGUCAUGCUUGGCGCUAGCGACGAGCCGGACGAAGAUCCUUUGCAUGAGCAUGUUUUCACUGGCCCGUAG